AUGAGUCGACCACGCUUCUUCAAUGCUCCUCGCAAGGGUGAAAACUUCGAACUACGAGCCGACUUAAAUAGCGAGUAUCGCGAUAGAAGAAAAGAUGCUAUCAAGAGAGUCAUCGCAAAUAUGACUGUUGGCAAAGACGUCAGCGGUCUAUUCCCGGAUGUACUCAAGAACAUGCAAACAGAAGAUUUGGAACAGAAAAAGCUGGUCUAUCUAUAUCUGAUGAACUAUGCAAAAACACAACCAGAGUUAGUCAUCUUGGCGGUCAACACAUUCGUCAAAGAUUCAGACGACCCAAACCCACUCGUACGUGCAUUGGCAAUCAGAACGAUGGGAUGUUUACGAGCAGAAAAGAUUAUCGAUUACCUAUCAGAUCCUUUGCAAAAGUGUCUUCGAGAUGACAAUCCAUACGUACGCAAAACAGCAGCAAUCUGCGUUGCAAAACUAUACGAAAUGAAACCGGAACUUGCGGUAGAGAAUGGCUUUGUCGGAGCACUGCGUGAUUUGGUUGGCGAUAGCAAUCCGAUGGUCGUUGCGAAUGCUGUCACAGCUCUUACAGACAUUCAUACAACAGCUUGCGAAAUGGAUCCUUCCGGACAAUCAAGUAUGUUCAUCAUCGAUUCGACCAUCUUGCAGAAAUUGUUGAUAGCUCUGAACGAAUGCACAGAGUGGGGAAGAAUAGCCAUCUUGAACAGCUUGGCAAGAUAUAGAACACCCCAAGGACCUGACGGGGAUAAAGAUGCUGAGCAUAUCUGCGAACGUGUCAUUCCUCAGUUCCAACACGCCAACGGAAGUGUCGUCUUGAGUGCUGUCAAGGUGAUCAUGAUCCACAUGGACCGAAUCGGAAAGCCAGAGUUUGUCAAGCAAUUGGUCAGAAAGAUGGCACCGCCUCUCGUCACACUCGUCUCAUCUGCACCUGAAGUGCAAUGGGUAGCAUUACGGAAUAUCAACCUAAUCUUACAAAAGCGACCUGAUGUUCUAUCAACAGAAUUGCGCAUCUUUUUCUGCAAAUACAACGAUCCCAGUUAUAUCAAACUGGAGAAGCUGGAGAUUAUGAUCAAGCUGGCUAAUGAGCGUAAUGUGGACAUGCUCUUGAGCGAGUUGAAGGAAUACGCAUCGGAAGUGGAUGUCGAUUUUGUCAGACGUGCAAUUCGUGCUAUUGGACAGUGUGCUAUCAAGAUUGAUAUGGCUGCCGAAAGAUGCGUUCAUGUAUUGUUGGAUCUGAUUGCCACUCGAGUCAGCUAUGUGGUACAAGAGGCAAUCGUUGUAAUCAAGGACAUCUUCCGCAAAUAUCCUCAAAACUACGAAGGUAUUAUUCCUACUCUCUGUGCAAACUUGGAAGAUCUUGAUGAGCCAGAAGCAAAAGCAUCCUUGAUUUGGAUUUUAGGAGAAUACGCGGAAAAGAUUGACAAUUCAGAAGAUGUGUUAGCAUCCUUCCUGGAUACAUACAAAGACGAACAAGCAAGCGUACAAUAUCAAAUUUUGACAGCAAUUGUCAAGCUAUUUUUGAAGAAACCUGAUGGAGCACAAGGACUGGUUCAACGUGUUCUUGAGUUGGCCACGAAAGAAUGCGAUAAUCCCGAUCUACGUGAUCGUGCGUUCGUGUAUUGGCGUUUGUUGAGUAGUAGCGAUUCUGGAGCGGGAAAAUCUGUCGUCUUGGCAGACAGACCGCCAAUCUCGAUCCCUUUGACUUCCGUAUCACCAGCUUUGUUGGAAGAGUUGAUUCAUGAUUUAUCCUCUUUGGCAAGUGCAUACCACAAACCCGAGUCAACCUUUAUCGGAAGGGGAAGAUUGGGAGCUGAUGCUUUCACACGCAAACGUGAUGAAGUUACACGCGAGAAAGCAUUGGCAACCGUUGUACAAGGACAACAAGCAGAAAAUCUGUUGGACUUUGGAGAUGAUGACGAAGAUACAUCAGCAAAGAUCAAUGCAGCACCUGCACCAGGGUUGGGAGGAUUGGAUGAGUUGAUGUCAGAUGCAAGCAUUGGAGAUUCAUCGGCAAAAAAGACAAAUUCAAUUCAACAAGCACAAAAUUCACAAUUGAACGACCUUUUGGGAUUGUUUGAUGCUGCACCCGGUGCAAAUGCUCCAGGCGCAAAGAGUGGUUUGGAUGCUUUGUCUUCGUUACCAGCUGCGCCUACCACUUCAAAUGUGCUUUAA